CUUAAAAAAAAAAAAACAACUGUGACACAUAUACAUUAACGGUAUAUACCCAGUUUUUCAUUCACAGUUUCCAGCUGUAAUUAAUUUGGGGAACUCUCGGUUUCACAGAACUUCGAUUUUUUCGAUCUUCUUCAAAAUAGGGAAUCGCAGAUCCAACCUAGCUGAGCUGGUCGUAUAUGAUUAAAGAUGUUUUGGAAACUCACUCUCUCUGCUUCGCCCGUUGACUCGGUGUUAGAUAAGGAAAAUUUUACUUUGGAAGAGCUUCUUGACGAGGAUGAGAUAAUCCAGGAAUGCAAAGCAUUGAAUAGCCGCCUUAUUAAUUUUCUUCGAGAGAGAGCUCAGGUGGAACAGCUCUUGCACUAUAUUGUCGAUGAGCCUCCAGAGGAUGCUGAAAGCAAACGUAGCUUGAAGUUUCCCUUCAUCUCCUGUGAGGUAUUCACGUGUGAAAUCGAUGUUAUUCUUAAAACCUUAGUGGAGGAAGAAGGGCUAAUGGAUUUGCUCUUUUCAUUUUUGGAACCGACUCGUCCUCAUAGUGCCUUUCUGGCAGGAUAUUUUAGCAAGGUUGUGACUUGUCUCAUGUUGCGGAAGGCGAUCCCGCUAAUAAAUUAUGUCCAAUCACAUCAGAAUGUUUUUAGCCAACUCGUUGAUUUGAUAGGUAUUACAUCCAUCAUGGAGGUUUUGGUUCGACUUGUAGGCAGUGAUGAUCACAUGUAUCCCAAUUCUUCGGAUGUAAUGCAAUGGCUUGCUGAGAGCAAUUUGCUAGAGAUGAUUGUUGAUAAAUUGAGUCCAUCAACUGAUUUUUCAUUUAUCCAGAGUCCUCCGGAAGUGCAUGCUAACGCAGCAGAAACUUUGUGUACUGUUACUCGGAAUGCACCAUCGCCUUUGGCUACUAAACUCUCUAGCCCAAGUUCCGUUUCCAGAAUAUUUAGUCAUGCACUGGAAGACUCGCAGUCAAAAUCGAGCCUUGUCCACUCACUGUCUGUGUGCAUCUCCUUAUUGGAUCCCAGAAGAUCAGUAACUUCUCCCUUUAUUCAUUCUUUCCGGAGUCAACGCAUGCACGAAUCACCUGUAUAUGUUAACUCUGAAACUGUUGACGCUAUGCUGCCGAAACUUGGUGACUUGUUGAAGCUACUAAAUGUAUCAUCCGACGCAAAGGUUUUGCCUACUACAUAUGGUGAACUAAGACCUCCACUCGGCAAGUAUCGGUUAAAGAUUGUGGAGUUUAUUGCUCUGCUACUGAAGACUGGAAAUGAAGUUGCAGAGAAGGAAUUGAUCGUGUCAGGAACAAUUAAAAGAGUUAUUGAUCUCUUCUUUGAGUACCCCUUUAACAACGCCUUGCAUCAUCAAGUAGAGAGUAUCAUAUAUUCAUGCUUAGAAAGCAAACACACAACUAUUCUUGACAAUCUUCUUCAAGAGUGUGAUUUGGUUUCCCAAAUCCUCAAAGCAGAUAGAAGUGUCAUUGUUUCAGAUGAACCAAACCAGCCAACAUUAGCUUCUACUGGAAGACAGGCACCACGGAUUGGGAACCUUGGACACAUUACUCGCAUUGCCAAUAAGCUUGUGCAGUUGGGGAACACAGAUAGCCAGAUUCAGAAGCACUUACAGGAAAAUAGCGAAUGGGAAGAUUGGCAGGCUUCAGCUUUGCAGGAGCGUAAUAUGGUCGAGAAUGUAUAUCGUUGGGCUUGCGGUCGGCCUACUGCACUGCAUGAUAGGGUAAGGGACAGUGAUGACGAAGAUGUUCAUGACAGGGACUAUGAUGUAGCAGCUCUCGCAAAUAAUUUAAACCAGGCAUUUAGAUAUGGCAUGUACGAUAAUGACGGUGCUGAAAAUGGCCUUGGAACUCUUGAUCGCAAUGACGAGUCGGAUACUUACUUUGAUGAUGAUUCUGGUGAGGUUGUAAUAUCAUCCAUUAGACUGGGCGAUGAUCAAGGAAGUUUGUUUACGAAUUCCAACUGGUUUGCUUUUCAAGAUGAUAGAAUAGGUGAUACAUCUUUGAGCACCUCAAAAAAUGAGAUCUUGGAUGACAUUGACUUGAAUGGAGCAGCAAAUAAUGGUGACAGUAGUGAUGAUGAGGUGGUGGUCGGAGAGGAUGAAGAAUUGGCUGAAAGCAUAAGUGCUGCUAAUAAUACAACUAAUCUGGACAAUGUGAAGAAUUAUAUCAAUGAUAUUACUUCUACAAAUUCUGCAGAUGUGGAUCCCAAGGAGGAGAAGCCUAGUUCUUUUGGUGAUCCGAGCUUCUUUGAGACAUCAGGCAAUGAUGAUCUAUUUGGAGAUAGGCCUAUACCUGAAUGGGUGGGAUGGGGAGACUCCUCUGAUUUCCCAGUUGGUGGAUCAAGUGUAAACCCCUUUGAAGACUAUACAAAGAAUGUUGAAAGUGCUAGUGCGGUUGAUGUAGUUCCGACGCCUGUCAGUUCUACAUCUGGAGGAGGAUCUCUAGCAAAUGGCAUCUCAAAUUUUGGUGAAGGAUCUGUAGGACCUGAUUUGAGCCAAAGGGCGCCUUCUCUCUUUGAAGAAGAUGUCGAAUUUGUAGGGGUUGAAUUAGAGGGUACAGAGAAAGCAAUGGAGCAGGCUCUCAAAGAGGGUAUUGUUGGUGAAGCUGGGCCAUUGAAAAGGAACAUUGGCCCAAAGCUGGCGGAGAAGGAAAUUUCAGAUGAAAAAGAUGCUGGAUUGGAUGAGUUCAAUGAUGCAAACUACUGGAGAGUUGAACCAGAGGUUACAGUAUUAGAAUAAAUCGGUUGGUUGUGUCUGGUGAUUAAAACCCCACAUAGAAAGAAAGAGGGGCACUUCUCUCUCAGUACAUUGGUCUAAACUUAGGGUUGCCCCAUCUUGCUGCUGAAAGUUUGAUAACUAAAGGGUUCUUCCAUUAAAUUAUUCUUAUGCAAUAGCUUGUACAAAUUAUAGUUCUUUUCUGUAAUUGGAUUAACGAGUUAUAGGAAGUGCUAGAGUUUGAUUAUGAUUCUUUACUGUCUCGGUACUAGACUAUUAUAGAGGUUAGUACACAGUCUGCUUUGUAAGCAUUUGUCUGUAAAUGUCUUGUUUAAAUUUGGUAGAUAUGGAAGCUAUCGGCUUCGUUGUUGUGAAACAUCUUGUUUGUUAGAACAAAAUCCAUUGUUAAAUGUAGAAUGACUGCAGUCGUCUCUCUGUUAUA